UCGCCAAUGUGCCAGAAGUCAUUUUGCUUGCCAGUGGAACGCCGUGUCCCCUCCGAGGCUUACGUGCGGUUCAACAUACCCCCCAAAAUGCAACGACACUUCCCGUGAAAGAAACUGACACGGCGCUCAUUGGAUAUCGUCGCAGUGGUAGUUUGUGUUUCGACCCUCCGAGAGAUCACCGGUGACGAUUCUUCAAACAAGUGUGCUUUUCCGGUGCGUGAAGUGUUAGAACAUAGACCAUAAGGAUCAAAGUUACAUGCCAACGUUCUGAUGUAAUCGUACACGAUGAGCAUCAGAAAUCAUCCGAGGAGACCCCUGAGUAGGACCGACAGCCUCAGAGGCAGCGGGGGGCCUGCGUUUCUCAGCAGCAACAUCUACACUUCCUCUGGCACCUACAACGGUUCGCCAUCGCUGUCUCGCAGUUCAUUUCACGGCAGCUUCACUGACCUACGCGCCCCACGCAGUCCUUCCCUGCCUAGACACGUGCGCGAUUCAAGGUACGGGUCCUCGAAUUCGCUCGAGCGAGUGCGUACAAGUUCUUCGGCCCUCAGGUCGACCGCCAACUAUGUCUUGUCAAAGUAUGGCGACUUGGCAUCGUCCGGAUACGACAGCCUGCAUGGUUCUCCCGCCAGAACAUACACGCCGAGUCCGUUGGUGCGACCCGUGUACUCCAGUUACUACAAGCCAACGGCGACGUCGUCCUGGUACAAGGACUACAAACCGAUCGUUCGUGACCGGCCGGUGCUUAAGGACUACGUCCCUCCGCGUUCGGCGGCGGACAGGCGGGAGUCUAUGGGUGUCAUCACGAGGCAUAGACACAUGGUGAAGUUCAUGGAGAGCGUGUCUUGCGAGUCGCCGCUUCCACAUGAACCCAGUCCGCUCGCGUCUAGAAGAAAGGAAGACGACCCAGCAGGUCGCAGCACAAGGUCCGUCGAUUCCGGUAUCGGCAGUUUCAAAGACGUAGCUCAAAACCGCGUGUCCGAAUGCGAAGAGGACGCGGUGCUAGGAUAUGAGCCGUUAGGAAACGAAUCACCCGUAGAUUACCUUCAGGACGACCUAAUUGGCGCGAGAGACACGCCGACUGAAGAGGUGUUGCCUGGAUGGACUGACGACUUGCACAAACUUGAUGUUUCGAUUGCAGCCGAAAAAGUGGAAUUGGCUUUGAUUUCGUCGUACGAAGGUGUUAAUAGUGUUGAAGCUGAUCCAAGUGUUAACGUUUUGGACAAUAAGGAUGAAGGGGUUGUUGUGGAAACGGGGAAAGGAUCUGUAAAAGAGGAUGUAGAACUGAAGGAAGUCAAUAUUAGGGUUGUUGAAGAGAAGCGCAUUGAGAUUGUACAAGAAACAAUCGUACCUGAUGUACAGAAGAAAGAGACAGAGACCGUGGAAGAGGUAAAAGGGGUGAAGGCUGUGGAAGAGGAAAAAGUUGGGGAAGUCAAACCGAAAAAAGCGCCUAAGGAAGAAGGGAAAGUAAAGAAACUUAAAUUAGGACUCGGCAAAAAGCUAAAGACUCCAGUGCAGUCCCCAGAAGUGAAAUCCCCUAAGGCCAAACCGCCCACGCUGGACCUGAAACUUGGUGUCGUACAGAAGGAUCAACAACCUUCUUCUACGCCGGAAGGAGCAACGGAACAGCAAUCAUCGAAACCAUCUACUCCAGUAACACCAAAGGAGAAACCUUUGAAAACUAAAGCGAUAGGGUCCCCGAAGCAAGAACAAGCACCCAGCAAAGUUGCGCCUGCGGAGAAACAGUUGAGAACUGUGGGUGUGAAUUCACUUCCCGUGUAUGCCGACGCAGCUGUUCAGACUGACGAUGAGGGUAACAGCAAUUGUGAAGUGAACAUUGUCAGCACGCCGCCCAUGAGCCCGGUGAGCAGGGCGCCUAAGAUCACAAAGGAUGUGGAGGUAAGUGUCCAGACUGAGAUUAUAUUAAGGAAGGAUGUUCGGAAAAACCAAGUUGCGAAGUCGGAGCCGACAUCCCCGACGUGUGACAAGACGCCACUUAGUAAGAUCGUCGGAGUAAAGCCCGACCUUGCGAAACAGAAGAGCCUGGACGCUAACGUGUCCCCAAAACCCGUUGAGGCGAAGCCCUCGGCAACGAGGCCUAAGGCCCUAGAGGUCCAUAAAAUAUUUAAAGUUGUGGAAGAAAAGAAACCGGACCUGCCUAAACCGAAAGUGCAAGACUUGAAGCACGAUCGCGCGCCCGGUGCCAGUAGCCCUGUGACGUGUAAAAUAUUUGAGGUCCAGCAGGAACAUGUGAAAACUCCCGAAGAUGAUUUGAGAACGGUGAAGCCUAAAGUUCCUGAUAUCAAGCUAACACCUGGCGAAGAAGCUUCGAAGAGCGUUGUCAGUAACCAAUUAAAAGACGAGCAAGUACCAGACAUCGCAGCAGCUGUCAAACUGGAAGUGAAUCAGCAAGCACAGUCAACUACUCAGGAAAAGACUGUUCCUCCGGUGAAAGUGAAGAAAACGCCUGAAGCGCAAGGGAUGCUGGACUUCCGAAGAAAGGAUUACGGAAGGAUAGAAUUUAAGUGCAAGGGACCCCAAGAAAUGCUCGAACUGAAGAAGGUGGACACGGCCGCUGAGGUACAGAAGCCCGUCGCCCCUCUUGAGAAGCAACAUGCUGAAAAGAGCAUCAUGCAAAAAGUGAAGGAAUUCAUCAUUCCCGUCCACCAGGAAGUCCCGUUGGAACGUACAGAGACAGGGACGAAGCCCAAAAAGAAGGAGGAGAAAGUCAAAAAGAAAAUAAUCAAGAAGAAAGCGAAGGAAAACUCAAUCGACAAUGACUCUUCUAAAGUUGUUGCGGAACCACCUUCAACAACACAAGAAGCCGACGUGACGUACAAGAAAGAGGAGAUUCCAGAAGUGGCGGUUACCGUCAAGAAAGUGAAGAAGGUAAAGAAGACACUUACGACGGAGAUCUCUGUGGAAGAAGCGAACGAAUCUGCUGCUACGAAGUCACAAGGAGAACAAGUGGUUGAAGUAACGAAGAAAAAGGUGAAGAAGAAAGAGAAAACGGAAGAAAGAAAGAAAAUUGUGACAACGGAGGAGUCAUCUAAUGACCAGGUAGUGAACGAUGUCGGCAACCGCGACGAAGUUGAGAAUCAUGAAUGCAAAGUCAACUGUCACAAAAAAUGCGAGAAACAGAUGCCAAACCUCUGCGGAGUCAACCAAAAGGUGCUGUCCCAAGUGUUGGCGACCGUCAAGAAAGAAAUCGCGUCAACUCCCAGCAGCGCAGCAGCCACCCACCGAACAUCUACGCCCCCUGAAUCUAUCAAAAGCACCACAAAGCUUGAAAGGCUACCGACGGCUCCGAAGACCACAACACCAGACACACCGCAGUAUGGAACGUACGAAGCCCUAUGGCAGGCGAAAGAAGGCGCCCAGCCACCGCAGAGCCCACAGCCGCCAGAGACGACACCUCAGCCCCCGAACGAAGACAGUGGGCGUCCACCUGUCCGUUGCCGUCCUCCGUCAACGGAAGCGGAAGGGCGGAUACGUUUCAGGAAGUACGACCUGAUGGACUUCCACUUGCUCAAAGUGUUGGGCAAAGGAAGCUUCGGAAAAGUGUUGCUAGCGGAACUGAAAGCGUCGCGUCGGUAUUUCGCGAUAAAGUGCCUGAAGAAGGACGUUGUGUUAGAGGACGAUGACGUAGAGUGUACUAUGGUGGAGAGGAGGGUUUUGGCUCUUGGAACUCAGCAUCCAUUCCUCUGCAAGCUAUUCUGCACGUUCCAGUCAGAGAGUCACCUUUUCUUCGUUAUGGAGUUUUUGAAUGGUGGUGAUCUCAUGUUCCAUAUUCAGCAGUCUGGAAGGUUCGACCAGAAUAGGGCAAGGUUUUACGCUGCUGAAAUCGUGUGCGCGUUAAAGUUUCUGCACAAACGUGGCAUAGUCUACAGAGACCUGAAACUGGACAACGUGCUGUUGGACCGCAAAGGGCAUGUCAAAAUUGCAGACUUUGGCAUGUGCAAGGUCGGGGUCGGGGAAGUCGACAAGACUUCCACCUUCUGUGGGACCCCCGAUUAUAUUGCACCUGAGAUCAUCAAGGGUCUGCACUACAAUCAAUCCGUGGACUGGUGGUCGUUCGGCAUCCUCCUCUACGAGAUGCUGAUUGGUCAGUCGCCGUUCAACGGCACGGACGAAGAUGAACUCUUCUGGUCGGUAUGCAACGAAGAAGCUUAUUACCCGAGGUUUCUCAGCAAGGAGGCAAAGUCCCUGCUGGUCUUGCUUCUGGAUAAAGACCCCGAAAAACGGCUUGGCAUGUCAACGUGCGCGGCGGGUGAUGUCAGCGACCAGCCAUUCUUCAGACCCAUCAACUGGGAGAAGCUCGAACGCAAGGAAGUUGAACCUCCUUUCAAGCCUAAAGUGAAGGGUGCUAAUGACGUCAGCAACUUCGACAGUGACUUCACCAUGGAGAAGGCAGUGCUGACACCUAUCGACCCACAGAUACUGGCAUCGAUGGACCAGUCACAGUUCAAGGGCUUCAGUUACACGAAUCCCACCAUGACAGACUAAGUCGACGUCAGCGCGCAAAUCAUGUUCAUCAUCACGUCAUAUCAUAUCAUCAGUCGUCAUCCGCAACCAGCCAAACAUAAUUGCGUGUUGACACGUGGAAAUGUCACUAUCACAAAUGGAAGCGCAUUUUUAAGAAAGUGAUCAGUUCAAGUUGUGCGAGGAAUUCGCGCAUCGCAUAUUUGCACCAGGAAUCGCGAGAACCAUACCCUUGUGAACUCAAAGCAGUAUUAUUAUUGAAAAAAAAAAGAAGAAGAAAGAAACGUACCGUAUGAACCGGAAUAGAGGUCGAACUCGAACUUGUAAAUACGCAUCUUUAUGAAUUGUAGAAAAAAAAAGAGAAAAGAAAAGCGUCUUAUACCAAAAGGAAAGCCCUUCAUCGAUAAUAAAUCCAAUGAAGCAUGCGGCAGAGCACAGCAAAGGGGCACAGGCAAGCACAAGGCAAACACAUAAACAGGAUGGCGACGAUGGCGAUGUCCACUACCCCUUGUUGCCAAACUUGUGCAUGUCUUCGCCAAUGACCGCGGUGUGUAACAAUAUGAGACGAAGUUGGACUUUUUCUGGUGAACUUGAAACUAAUUUCGAACCAUGUUUCGGUUUAUACGGUAACUGCUGUUUAAACACAAUGCAUUUACCCCCACUUUUAGUAGGGGACACUUCAUCUAAUUAUUGCACAAAUUUUUUAAAACUAUAUUCAGAGUAAUAUAUAUACAUACAUAUACGUAGUAUCUAAGGUUGGAUAGUAAGGACUCUGUUUACUUGCUCUAGAAUGUGCUCGUAGUUUUGUACAGGAUCAUGGCACACAUUAGACAUUUUCUCUCGCAGCUUUUCGCACACUAGCACUGUUGGCACGCAUUGUUCAAAACAGAUUUUAUACAUACAUAUAUCUUUUAUUUUGUUUGAUAAAGUUGCAUCAACACACUUCACGAUGGAUGGUUAAUAAAAGAUAUUUAUCACGA